ACCAAUGGCUAAGAGGAACAGCGAUCUGAUGAGGAAGUUGAAGUUGGACUUGUUUUGGUUAGCCACUGAGACCGACUUUUGUUAACAAUGCUACGGUUAAAUAACAAUUUAGUGGUUAAUAAAUAUUAGUUUUUCAUAUUUUUGGCAAUGGGGUCACUGAAGUUCAACGCUGGCCAAGAAAAUUCAGCGACGGCGGCCGCAGUUGCAGAGGCCAAGGUGGUGUGCCUGGGGUUAAACAACCAGAGCUACAUCUGUGAGUCGGGUCACUGCUGUGGAGAGACCCAGUGCUGCAGCUACUACUAUGAACUGUGGUGGUUCUGGUUGGUGUGGACUGUGAUCAUUAUCCUGACGUGCUGCUGUGUUUUUCAUCACUGGCGCUCCAAGCAGCGCUUCCAGCAGCAGCGGCGGCAGAAUGAGAUCAACCUGAUUGCAUACAGAGAGGCUCACAACAACUCUCAGCUACCCCUCUAUCUCAGAUUCUUGCCCACGUACCUGCUGCCAGCCUAUGAAGAGGUGGUUGGCCGUCCAGUCACGCCUCCUCCUCCUUACACCCCUCUUCAGUCAGCACCUCCACCCACAGAGCCACCUGAGGAAGCUCCUUGCCCCCACGCGGCAAUCUCCGUCCCCAGUGAUGCUGAUGCAGCGCUCCCUGCUGCCCCAGAGGUCACGCAGCAGACCCACCCUAACGGUGCUCACAACCCCAACAAGGACUCGACACCGGGCAGGUACCGGCGCUUCACAGGGGAUUCUGGGAUCGAAGUGUGCGACGGCCACGAACAGUGGGAUCAGCACAGCCUUUUAGAAAGAGGAGAUGAGACGGACGAAGAGGGCGCGGGGCAAACGGAGGAGCCAUGUGACGGCUGUGGUCCCGAGACCUUUGAACACAGCCAUAUUAGUGGUGCAGUCAUUGAUGAAGACCCAGAUGGACACACAGCUGCGGAUACAGAGCCACAGUCUCUUCGCUAAUCCAAAAUAAUGUCUUUAACAAAACUCUGCAACAGUCACUGAUGCAACAUCAUACCGUUGGUGCUCAGGGGUUUGGGCCGUUUGUACAAGUGUACGUUUGACUAACACCAGCGUGUGUGGCAGGCCUGGAGACAAAUUAAAAGUUUGACUAAAUAUUUGAACAAUAUCCAAAAGAAUGUAAAGCCAUUAUGCAACUUAGGGGCCCUAUUUUAACGAUCUAAGCGCACGGCGUGAAGCGCCUGGCGCAGGUGUGUUUAUGGCGUGUCCAAAUCCAC